GAUCUUCCGACAGAACGAGGACAAGUGGGGGGCCCUAAUCCAUCCUAGGGUUUGCUCUUUCCCCAUCUAUGAUAUGAUAUAUGAUUUGUUCCACCCCGAUUAAUUCCUCCAAUAGCAUAAUUUCCCCCCUUACUCUUUCUGGAAAUCCCAUAUUGUAGUUUACUGUUCUUGGUGCUUUGUGGGUUUCCUCGAAUCUCUGUUUGGCUUCGAUCAAAUCAUCGAUUUUUUCAGGAAGCUUAAUCUUGUUGGGGUUCGUGGGUAGGUCUUGUUUCUCUUGGUCAUGAAGUCGGAGAAUCAGAACCAAAGCGUUGCUGCAGAAGAAGAUGAUGGGGUUAUAAACAUAAACAAGGUCGAUCAAAGAACCGGCGCCGAGAUUGUCUCUGAUGGUCGGCCGGAUGAUCCCCUGAAGGAGGAGUCAGCCAGCAGCUACCUGGAGCCCAAAGGCGGAGGCUUUUUUCCGAUUGGUGGGCCGGCGCAGGUUUUCCUCGCGCCGGAGACACAGAGAUCAGUUGCAAAGAGGCCUUCGAACUCGAAGGACCGCCACAUGAAGGUGGAGGGCCGGGGGAGGAGGGUCCGAAUGCCUGCCGCCUGUGCUGCCAGGAUCUUCCAGCUGACCCGAGAGCUCGGCCACCGGAAUGACGGAGAGACCAUCAAGUGGCUCCUUGACCACGCCGAGCCUGCCAUUGUCAAGGCCACCGGCACCGGCACCGUCCCUGCAAUAGCAGUCUCUGUAGGUGGGGCCCUCAAGAUCCCAACCUCGACACCGGCAAAUCCUUCCGGAGACGUGAACAGGAAGAAGCGGGGACACAAGAUGGCAGUGAACAGUGACUUCAUCGACGUAGGCCAGGCUGGCGCUGCCCCACUAGCGUACAGCCGAGGGUCCGUGUGGCCAGUUUUGAGCCCACCCAGCAUGUCACUGGUGCCGCAAGGAGUCUCGGCACACCCACAAUUCCUGCCCCUGGCGCCAGUGCCAGCGGCAGCCCAGCCGAUGUUCGGGGUGAUGGGGAGGCCGAUAUCAAGCUUUAUGGCAGCCAUGGAGGGUGGGGUCUCGAGCGUGAUGCCACCGAGCUCGAGCUCGAAUGCGGAAUCAACCGCUUCUCCGAGCAGCACGAGUACGAAUACAGACACUUCCACUACUAAUACUUCUACCACGACCACGAUAACAACGCAGUUGCUGAGGGAUUUUUCUAUGGAGGUUUACGAGAAGAAGGAACUUCAGUUCUUCGGGAGUGCUUAGGUUCGUCACAAGUUCCAUGUUCAUAGUCUUUAGACGGUCAGCUCAUCAGUACUAUUAGACUAUUAGUAGUGACACUGACCGUGUUGUGCAGUUUGUUCAAGAACGGGACUGUUUGAUUGUU